UGAGACAGUGGUAGAGUGGUAGAGUGAGGUAGUGGUAGAGUGAGGUAGUGGUAGAGUGAGGGAUUCAUCUUAUUGAACCACACAAAGAGAUUGAUGCUCCUCUGGCCAUCAGUGCAUAUUUCGACACACUUUUGCAUGACCUGAUUUUUUGAUGUAUUUGGGUGUGUGACUGAAUUGCAUGUCUAUAAAUAGAUUCCAAAAUAUAUAUUUUUAUAUUUAUUUGAUCAAAAUGUUUACUUUCUACCCCUAAAAAAUUGAACAUUCAUUGUAAAUGCAUUUCAAAGACGUAUAUACGCCAUGGGCCCUUCAAAUGGACGAGCAUUCCUUUCCUUCAACAUUGUGCACAAUAAAUCCUUCUCUCGCUCUCUUUCUUCCUCAGAGUAGGGAGGUAGGCUAAUUUGGCCUAACCAAAUUUCGUAAUUUGUUUAAAGAAUUAUUUUAGCAUGCAAAUUCAUGUUAAUCGAUGUUUCCUUCCUCUGGGUCUGAGAGACUGGCUGGUCUGAAGAGAGGAGGGGCAUAGAGAGCGUACUCUUAUAAACCUUCAACUGCAUAUCUUCCUCAAUCCAUAAACACCGUGAUGCUAGUCUACUGGUGUAAACAGGGGUACGCUUCAUUAGGCUUCUCGAUAUUGGCCGGAAAUUAAACGUGUUGAUGAAACGUUUUGGACGUUUGGUUCCAUACUGAAUUCGAAAGCAAAAUUGGGAUUCAGCAGCAAAGAAAAGUUUGGAGAAGUUUACGUCUAAGGCGAAUAGAAGAAGAGGACGCAUCGGAUUCUGCAACAGCAAAGGACUGUUAUUUACUUCAGUGUCCAUUUCAGGAUGUUAUUAACUUCCUUCAUCAGAGUGUCUUCUUCUCUCCCGGUGUUCUAGAAUAAGGAAGGACGUAUUGUUAAUGUGAAUGCCUGUCUCUACGGUAGAGAGAGACUAAACCCAAGGAGGAAGAAACAGUGAAGCUUUUAUUGCGCUCCGCCUUUCCCGCGUGCUGAACUGAACCAUGCAGCAUCCCUUGGACUUGGGGGCUCACUAUUAUCCCCCGGAGGUUCACCCCGACCACCGCUCCCACUCACACCGCUACCGAAGCUUUAUGAUCGAAGAGAUUCUCACCGACCACCCGGACCAUAAGGUGUCUACCCCGGCAGGGGAGCUGCUCAAGUUCGGAGUACAAGCUCUGCUCUCGGCGCGGCCAUACCACAAUCACCUGGUUUUGAAGGCAGACCAAUCGGGUAUCCUGAAGUUCCCGAUGUCGCCACUCUCCUGCUCACUGGGAUCACCGUUAGGCUCCGCUCUCCUAUCCGGGGCUCCGGGGCUCCACGGCGGCUCAGCUUCCCACCACCUCCCGUUGGACCUCCACCUCCGGAGCAAGCUGGAGCACGGCGGAGACGGCAACAGCAAGACCAAGAAAGGCCGCCGGAGCAGGACGGUCUUCACUGAGCUACAGCUAAUGGGCUUGGAGAAAAGAUUUGAGAAACAGAAGUACCUUUCAACACCAGACAGAAUAGAUCUGGCUGAGUCUCUGGAUCUGAGUCAACUACAAGUCAAGACCUGGUACCAGAACAGACGAAUGAAAUGGAAGAAAAUAGUCCUACAAGGAGGAGGAUUGGAAUCUCCAACCAAACCCAAAGGCCGUCCUAAGAAGAAUUCCAUCCCGUCGAGCGAGCAGCUUUCGGAGCAGGAGAGGUCUGGAGACGUCGACCGUCAGUCGGACGGUUCCACCUCGUCACAUUCAGACACUAACCAAGAGGAAUAAUAAUGUUGGUGCUCCGACUAACUGACAACUCUCUGAAGACGUUCACCAGACGUUCAUACAGCCUCUGGGAUGCGUAAUGGUGGUCGACGGUUGAAUCGAAGUGCCUUGCCCUUGACUUCGAUAUUUUUGGCACUUACAUAGAGAGACUGAUGUUGGCCUCCCGUAGGAGAGGCGGAACUCUAUUUUUAUUACUAGUAUCGUCCUCCAGACACUUCCUCCUUGGGACGAGGUUACUUUUUGUAUGCUAUUGUCACAUCUUCUUUCGUAAUCAAUGUGUUGUCAAUACCUAUGCUUCCAUCCGCGUCACGCCGAACUAACCGUUAUGGAGCGGUUGCGGAGGGAGGGAGGGAGGGACACACAUCGAGCAGUAGGUGCACUCUUUCAUUGCCUCCAUUCAAAUGACCCACUUUACACAUACGUCUUCUGUUCUGCUUUUAUUUAGCAUAUUUACAUGUUUUAUUAGGCUAUGUUUUUAUUAUAAGGACAUUGUUGGAUGUAAUUAAAUAUUUUUUCACUUACA